AUUUUAUUAGUUAUAUAUUACAAAGAAAAAGAAAAUACCAUUAUAACAGAAAUGUAUCUUAUCUCGGCAAUAUAAAAUUUCGCGCUUUUUAAUGAUUCGAAAACGCAUGGCGGACAUUAAAGUGGUUCACCAGAGCGUUAUUAAGAAAACUUGCAGCCGGUCCAUCGAGAUGACAUUUAUUUAUCGAUAUCCCACGGGAAACUUUGAAACAAUUUCUAAACGAAUUGCUCGUGGAAGUUUUGCGAAUGCAACUUACCCCCAUGAUUUUCCACGGAGAAGUACGCCCAAGUGUAAAAAAGAAAUGGAUAUACCGACGGAAAUGAAAGAGCUCCGAACUAUGUUUCCUCGGAGCAGGCAGGUUCAGACACAGAAAAUAGACUUAAGACCAAAAUGAUCGAUUGAAGCGAGCAUGUGUUCCAUGAAUGGAAUACACCGGAGUGCACAUGAUUCAGAUCUUCAGAAAAUUCGAGAUCUCUCCCUACUCUAUAUAUGCAUUCUGCUACCGAUAGUCGUGUGAACUGGUACGACACGGACGUCUGCAUUGGCGGCCUGCGACUUGCACUUGCACCAGCUAGUGAUCGGUUACGCGUGUAUUCGUGUUUGAAGAGAACGUGUCCGGCGAUUGGCCACAAAUGGCAGCGACAUAGUGGGGUGAGAAUGAGGCAUGGUACUUGUCUCGAGUGACGUAUAAAGAUCCCGUCGCAAUCGCCGACAACUAUUUUCUGAUAUUGUCGAUCGGCUCGACACGAAACGUGCGACUUGUAUCGUGCUAUCUGAUAUCGUUCACGUUAACGGAUCCUCGGAAGUAAAAAUCAGAAUUGAGCAGUUUCGCAGAAAAUCUUCUGCCCGUGCGACGAUCUACUGAUUUCCAAGGUGGUGCAAUUUGUGACUUGAAAAAUAAAUCAGG